GGGACUUUAAAGCGCCAUUUUGUGCUGGGCGCAGGACAUCGAUCGCUGCUCACACCCGGCGGGCGCCCCGGCGGCGGCCGGAGUCUGCCUUCGGUGCUGCCUCCGCUCUGCCUUCUCGGCGUCUGUCCCGCCACCCCGUCCCGCUGCCUCCAUGACCCGCAGUAGGAAGCAGGCGGCGCUGGAGAGAGGAGCCGGGAAGAUGAACACAGAGGCGGGGAGCGCCGCGGCGGCGGCCGCGGGAGCCCGGGCGGCGACGCCGGCAGGGGCAGCCGGCGGCGAACCGGCGGCCGCCGCCUGGGGGCUGGAGGGGGAGGCGGAGAAAGUUGUGUACUCGCGCUCGCAGGUCUCCUUCGCCGGCACCAAGGCGCUGGGCGACGCCCUCAGGCUCUUCAUGCCCAAGUCCACGGAGUUCAUGAGCUCCGACUCGGAGCUGUGGAACUUCCUCUGCAGCCUCAAGCACGAGUUCUCCCCGGUCAUCCUCCGCAGCAAGGACGUCUACGGAUACUCCUCCUGCCGCGCCGUCGUCCCCGACCCGCCACCGCCCUCGGAGCGGCCCCGCCGCCGCGCCGGCAAGCGGCGCCUCCCGGCCGCCGACCCCAAGCGCCGGGCCGGGGCGGCGGGCGGCAGCGCCAAGCGGCGGCGGCGGCGGCGGCGCCGCAGGAGGGAGCGGGGCAGGCAGCGGCCCGCGGCCGGUGGCCCUCGCGCCCAGGAGGAGGAGGCGGCGGCGGAGGCGCCUGAGCCGCCGGGCCAGCAGGCGGACAGCGAGCAGGGCAGCCCGGCGGCGGCCGCCUGGGAGCCGUUCGGCGGCAAGUCACUGGAGGAGAUCUGGAAGGCGGCCACCCCUCGCCUCACCACGUUCCCCACCAUCCGUGUGCGGGGCAGCAUGUGGAGCCGGCGGAGCCUGGCGGCGGCGCGGCGACGGGCGCAGCGGAUCCUCGGCGUAGACCUGUCCCCCGUGGUGCGGGUGCGCCGCUUCCCCGUGGCACCGUCCUGAGCCCGCGGGGGCUCCGCUCCCCGCGCCUCACCUUGGCCGCGGUGCGGACAAAGAGACCGGUAUCAGUCACCUGUUUACAUUGCUUUUGUCUGGAUCGUGUUCUGCUGCUGCACUUUAUGGGCCGCUCGGGCGGCGCCGGGCCCCCCGCCGCACGGGGGGCGGCCUGCCGGGCCCCGGCCUUGCCCCGGGCUGGGGCCUCCUGACAGGUAUCACGCGUGGGGACCAAGUUCCACUUCCACUUUUUUUUCUCUCCCAUUGGGCUACCUCACUGGUCCAGAAGUCCACCCAAGAAGUUAUUUUCCAAAGGAACUUACUUUCAUGCUUGUAUAAUAAAGCACCAUCUGAUUCUUGCUAUUUUUUUUUCCUUUUCCCCCUUCCCCUUUUCCGAUGGAUUAUGUAUGCUUUGUGGUGUUGCACUAGUAUGUGCUCAGGGUAUUUUGAAUCCCAAGCAUUCCCAAGUUUCAGUUUACUCUGAUAAAGGAUGCGUAAAGAAUGGAGGUUCAGGACUUGUGGCUGUUCUUGAUGGUGCAAAAACUUUUUAAAUUUUAAUUUCAUGAGUUUAGUGAUAUAUAAAGAUGUAUCGCGCAGUAUAAUUGUUACACUUUUGUAUCUAAAGUCAUUUUUAAAGUUUUCUAGUUGAACUAAGUAUUUGUUUCUAUGGAGCACCUAAAGAUAGAAUCAUCCUGAUAUUUUAUAACCCUGUUUGCUUUAGGGAAGCUCAUUCGGUCAACCUAAGUGAACUUAAUAAAAGUGAAAGAACAAAUGGUGUUUCAGUUCAAUGAAACUGCACAGGGAUGGGUUCCUGGUGAAGUACAGCACCGCUGAGGCACUCUGUGUCAGUGAGCUCUGGCUUUGAGAGGAAUGUAGCUGCUUAUCAAAGCAAUAUCUUGGUGUCUGGAGGUGAACUAUGAUCCAGCAUUGGUACUGACAGCCAUAAGUGAGAAGCUUGCAUGACACAAAUAUGUCACUGAAGUGCCUCUCUCUGCAGAAAGAGUAAGACUCAAUAUCUGGUCACUCGAUAACAAACUAACACUCAUCCUGUGGUUGUGAGAUGGUUAAUAAUGGGUAAUGGUGUUUAAUGUAAUUACUUGCACAUAAUUAUUUUUAUAAACCUUUCAUGGGUUCCACAGUAGACUGAUGAAAAAUUCAUUAUGUAGCUUGAUUAUUUUGACUGAAAAAUAACAUGUAGUCAUUAUAUAUGAUAGGCAGUCUCUCUUUAAGCUGAUUUAUUAAAGGUUUUUUUAGCUCUUAUGCUUUGCAGUUGGUGUGUGAGGGAGAAAGUAGUUGAUUAUUCUCUUUUUACGUUCAUUUUUUUAUGCUUGCAAGAGGGUUAAGAAAUGCUGGAUAAUGCACAGCUUAUGUUCCAACAAUCCUGGCAGAUGGGACUAACUAGUUCUCAUGGUGGAAUGAACAACCUCACAACUUGCUUAUUGAACAAUUUGGUGAUUUAAAAUUUCUGAUGUCUUUUGACUCCUUGUUGCUUGCCUUCAACAAAGGCAGUAAGACAUCUUGAUGGUGUAGGGGCUGCUUGUAAAAACUUGCCAGUGUUAACGUAAAGCAGACAGCUUCUUCUGAAAACCUGUAUAUUUUGUUGGUUUUUUUCUUACUUAGUGAAACUGCAAACUCCUUAUUCUUCCAAACUAAUGCUUAAUCUAUUCUACUGCAUUCUUAAUCCAUUUGGCUUUUGAAAUUGUUUACAUAACGUUAGACUGUCUGCCGAUGGCUGCAGUAGUGCCACGUUGCAUUUCAGAAGUGAAUUAAAUGAAAGUUCAAGGGUGCAUGUUGUUGUGCUGUUCCUCUGGGUAUAAUACCUGCUUAACUGUAAAAGCAAAAUUGGGUUGAUUUAAAACCCAGUAAGGCAGGCUGCAGAGUUACCAGGUGCUGAUGCUCCAGGUAUUUCAAUUUUGAAAUUCUACUGCAGAUACACAAGAGUAUCAUUACUGGUUCUUAAAGUGUCCAGGUGAUUUCAGUGCUCCUGUCAGGUUGAGGUUUCUUUAGUAUUAUUUUCAACUCUGUAGAAAGAUGAUAAAAUUAAGUAUCUGGCUUGUGCAGAUUCUUAACUCCUAAACAGGCGCAGGACAGGCUAGGUCAGAUUUCAAGGGUGAGAGUUAAGGCUGCCAGAGGUAUGAUAUGGGAGAUACUGUAUUGAAUUUGUGCUGCCUUGUUUGGAGGCAUAUCCUGAAAUGUUCUAUGUAAGAACAAAAUAUAGUGAAGUAACAGAACUCUGUUGAGUGACUCUUGCUCUGAGGGCUCUAUGAGUAAGAUUUGCUGAUUUUUCUCUGGGUUGUGCUUGGACUUCUUGGUUUAGAAGUGGGAGCUUUAUUGGGGGUAUAGGGUGUUUUGCUGAUAGCCAGUUAGCAUGUUGGGUUGAAGUCUCAUUUAUGUCUGAACUCCUCUGACAGCUGCAUUUACAGAUUAUUAUCUGAGCCAUUUCAGUCUGUGAAGUCAGUUAAGAAUGGGACAUCUUUAGCUGGGUUUUCUGGCGAUGCAAUGAGCUGAAAUAGCUCAGCAAAGGUUCUGACUACAGGAUGGGGUGUGAAAGCCAGCAGGUCACAGGGAAACUAGACCAGCUUAUUUCAUGAUCGUAUUCAUGGCAAUUUGUGGCAAUCCAGGACAGGACUGUCUGUGGUCCAGUUUCCCCCCAUCUUUUUUCCUCUCAAAGGUGCUAUUCCCACCUACCUCUCUGUGUUCAUCUGAGGAAACUAAGCAGGCAGAAAGCUUUGGUUUUAGCUUUGGCUUCUGUUCAGCCUUCUUGCUGUAGACCAGAUCUGAGGGAGGUUGGGAAGGGGUGUGUGCUUUUGCCACAAUAUUGAGUUAGAUAAUUUUAAACAUGAUGGCAGUAGGGUUUUUUUAUGAAAAGGGAUGAUACUAUUUUUGUACUCUACAUAUAUGUGUGAUGUUGGAGUUAGUGUAAUGGAUUCAACGAACCUCUGGUCUGACUCCAUGUGGCUGGUCCUGCACCCACUCUGAGCAGCGUGAGAAGUGUGAGAUGCUUGAUUUAACUCAGUGGUUUCAACAUCCUGUCACGUGGGGCUAAUUCUGAGACUGACAAAAUUCAUGCCCAGAAUAAAUCCAGUGUACAAUGCCCAUUCUACUUUAGUCAGCAUGGAUAGUCUCAUAUUAAACAGGAAUUUUGUGGUAGCCUCUGUUGCUGGUUCCCUCUCUUAUGAGCUCCCUUUAUAGAAUAUAAUAUGAGCUAUUUUUUUUACUAGAUCUGAAUUUUCAACCAGUCACUCAAAGGUUACUUAACUUCAAAAUGUCACAGAGCCAAAAAGAGUUGGACGAUGGCUCCGGAUGUCAGUUGAGGCGACCAUUGGUCUAGCAUGUUGCCUGGUGUAGUCUUUACAUUCAAGAGGCAGUCCUUUCCUCUGAGUCAUUGCACAAAUACAUUGUUCAGGACUAAGCUAAUAAAAGGAGAACACAGUGCAAGAGUUCUUCCAAACUCUAUUGUUACAUAAAAGUUUUCGCAUCAAAAGGAUCAAAGUGUACAACUGGUCCCUGAAACCCUCUGUUAACUGGUCUUUAAACAACAAAAAGUCUUAAUAUGCCCAAACCCUGUGCAGAGCAUCAUUGCAAUUGUAGAAGGCGGUUCUAGUACUUGGAUUUUGCCUUGGAGGGGUAGGGAAUAUUGUGUUUACCUGUAUUUCCUUGCCUAUCAGAAGCAAAAGGCAGAGUGAAUCUGAUUUAAAGAUUUCAGCAUUUAUCCCAAAUAAUUGUUCACUUACUGCUUCUUCAGCAAGGUGGAGUCCUGGGCUCUUUAUACUGUUUAAAAUAGUUGACUUGUGGUAAUAUAUGUUGGCUCAAUGCUGUACUUCAAGUCCAAAAUUUGCAUGCCUAUGAAGCCAGUAAUACAAAAAAUGUCUCUAUUUCCUUUUGGCCCAAUGGACCAACACCCAAAUUUUGAUUUGUAUGUAUGAGUGAAACCAGUGAUUUGGGGUUGAACAGAAGCUUUUGUUUGAUUUGAAAUGCUGAGGUUUUUCUUGUGUCUAUAAACACAGGAAAUCUGGAAGCAAAGGACUAGAUUGACAAGAGUGAAUGGAAAUGCCUCAUGGAAAUGAGGCAAUUCAUAUAGAGAAAGAAGAUAGAUCUUAGAAAUCCUGAACUUCAAAGACACAAAUUUCAGUGCCCCCUUUGUUACACUUGUAAGGGUGAACUUUGAAGUUCUGUGUUGUGGAGAACUAUGUUAUAUGAGUUUGAACCAUUUAACUCUGUACAAUAAAUACUCCCUAAGUGAGAAAAGAUUACUGAA